UACUCGUCAAGAUCUUGUCCAGAAUGGGAGGAAUGGCGCCAAAGAUGCUUCCGGUCCAGGUGCUUCUGCUCCUUCUCCAGAUUUUGGGUCUCUCGCAGUCCCACGAAUUUACCCUGCUGGGUGCAAUUGGUCACCUCAGGAAUCUAAGCACCAGCAUUUUGAAUCCCGACCUGCUGCCCACGCCCCAAGGUAUCUUCGAACUCAGCAAAGAUGUCGUCGCCGGUUAUCCCCUCCACAUCGUCUCCACCACCGUCAAUUUUAUAUGUUCCAAGGCUCUGUCCUCCAACGUAAUCCGUCCGAAAUUUACGCCGAACAUCAAUCUGAUGCACUUUCAACUGCAGACGGCUUGCACGAAGGCUAACUUUCCGCUCACCAAUGCAGAGGAAAUGUGGAUGAGCCCUCUAUUCGAUCCCAAAAAGAAGGUGGUCAUUCUGGCCACGGGAUGGACCACCACAGUCAAUGGAUCGGAUACCAUCGAGGAGUUAUCAAGGGCCUAUAAUUGUCGCGGCGAUGUCAACUUUGUGGCAGUGGAUGCAGCUCGCUUCGUGGACACCUUGUAUACAUGGUCGGCCUUCAACACGGAGGAGAUUGGCGAGAACAUAGCCCUCGGAUUGGUGAAGCUGCUGGACGUGAUGCCGGUGGAGAACAUCCACCUGAUUGGCCACAGUUUGGGUGCCCACAUAGUGGGAUCCGCAGGUCGGCACCUGCAGAGCCUGACCGGUAAGAUAGUGCCCCGGAUCACGGGAUUGGACCCGGCCAAGCCCUGCUUCAACGAGGGUGAAGUUCUCUCGGGACUUUUGCGAGGAGAUGCCCGUUUCAUCGACGUCAUCCACAGCAAUCCCGGAGUGCUGGGCAAACGGGAUCCGCUGGGCGAUGUGGACUUCUAUCCGGGCGGAAUGGGACCCCUGUCCGUGGGCUGUGUGUUGGUGACAUGCGCCCAUGCCCGCGCCUGGCAAUAUUUCACGGAGACCGUGUAUCCCGGCAAUGAGCGCAACUUUUUGGCCGCACGCUGCACAUCGCUUUCUGGACUCCGGCAAUCCCGCUGCAGGGGUGAGGAGGUGCCCAUGGGCUACGCCGUGCCGCACAAUGUCAAGGGCAACUACUUCCUGGAGGUCAGAGGCAAUUCGCCCUUCGGCAUGAAUAGCUCCCCUGUGCGAUCCUCCCAAUUGGCACAGUGCGGCCAGUGCCCAGAAGCCUCAACGAUCACGAUUGCCACAACCGCGCGAAGCUCGUGGAGAUUCGGGUUCUGAGACAUCCCAUUCGCACGCAAUCAAUCCUAAGCUACUACUAGUUUUUGGUGGCCAACACCGACCCGAUUGCGGUCGACAUGCAAUUCACAAUUUGUCUUCCAAGCGUUGACAAUUCAAUUAAGUUUGUGUUUAUUAUGCUUAUGCAAAGCCCACAAACAGAGUUAAGGAGAAUCACGAAGUUGGAAUACUUUUUAGAAGGUAGCGAAAG